UCAUACACAGAAAAAGAAAGCAAACACGUAAUGCAUUUAAUUCCACGUGCAAUGACAAACCUCCCCGUGACUUCAUUCACCUAUUUAGAGCAAGACUGAAGGCUCUGACUAAUCGACUCAAAACACCGUGAUCGCUAUUCAGUGACAUCCCUCACCCCUUUAAGUUACAGACAGCUGGACAGCCAUUCAGCUGCGCGACAAGAGCCAAAGAGGGCUGGCACUUUGCACCCAAUGACAUGUAAUAGACAGGGUCCCUGUCAAAGAGCAGAUCUAACUUUAACACAGGACAGAUACAGAGACUGAAGUGGAAAUAAGGGACUGUCUGGGACGCCUUGCUUUUCCUGUACUGACUCUCUAUACAAGUUGUUUUUAUUUUCUCUGGAGUUGCUGUUUUAAUAGGACAAAGACAUGAAUGUUCAAAAGUGUGCCAGGUGUGGGUUUGUGGUGUACCCGGCAGAGAAGGUCAAUCUUAUUGGUCAGAAUUGGCACAAAGCAUGUUUUCACUGUGAGGUCUGCAAAACGGUUUUAACGGCCAAUAAUUAUGAGAGCUAUCAGAAAAGGCCUUUCUGCAAAGUGCAUAAUCCAAAGAAUAACACUUUCACUAGUGUCUAUGAGACUCCCGUCAACAUCAAUGCAAAGAAACAGACUGAGGCGGUCAGUGAGAAUAAAUAUCGAGAGGAGGGCGAGCGUUUUAUGUCCACUUUUCACUAUGACAUGAAAUCAAAAGAUAUCGAGCAGGCUCGUAAGGCAAGCCAGCUUGCUAGCCAGCAAGGUUACCAAACCGCGUUUGCAGGCCAACAGUCGUGGUACUCCGGCAGCGUCACCAGCCAGGAAGUUGUACGGGUGAGCCAGGCCCAGAAAACCAUCAGUGAUGUGGAAUAUAAACGAGGCCAUGAGGAGCGUGUGACGCAGUUUACUUCUGUGACAGACACACCUGAAAUCUUACAUGCCAAGACUGGAGUCGCAUUAGCUAGUGAUGUGAAAUACACAGAGGAAUAUGAGCAAUCUAAAGGAAAAGGCAGUUUUCCGGCUAUGAUAACUCCAGGAUAUGAAAUGGCAAAGAAAGCAAACACACUGGCUAGCAAUCUGCAAUAUAAAAAAGGACAUGAGGAAAGAGUGUCAAAGUAUACCACUGUGACUGACUCUCCUGAAGUUCUUCUAGCUAAAAACCAGGGGAAAAUUGCUAGUGAUUAUGUCUACACGGAAGAGUAUGAACAACACAGAGGCAAAGGCAGUUUUCCUGCCCACUUCACCCCAGGAUACCAGGUGGCCAAAAAAGCAGGCGAGAUGGCCAGCAAAUUGAAGUAUCAACAGAAAUACGAGCAGGAGAUUAAAGGGAAAGCCAGCACUGAUGCAGGAGCUGCCGAAUUCGCUCUUGCCAGAGAACACGCAGACCAUCUAAGUCAGCAUGUCUACACAGAAGAAUAUGAACAGCAGAAAGGCAAGGGCAGCUUUCCGGCCAUGAUAACUCCUGGAUACCAGAUGGCCAAAAAAGCUCAUGACUUAGCCAGUGAUCUGAAAUAUAAGAAGGACCUGAACAAGAUGAAGGGAUCUGCUGCAUACCACACUUUGAACUCUGAGGACAACCUGACUCUGAAAAGCGCACGUAAAAUCAACAAGCUCAUGAGUGAGGUUGAAUACAAAAAGGACCUCGAGACAACCAAAGGGCACAGCAUCAACUACUGCGAGACGCCACAGUUCAAGAAUGUGUCGAAGAUCGCCAAGUAUACCAGUGAUAAUAAAUAUAAAGAGAAUUACACCAAUCACAUGAAAGGGCACUAUGAAGGGGGCGGCAUCGACAAGAAGACCAUGCAUGCCAUGAAUGUCAGAAAGCUGGCCAGUGAUAUUGCCUACAAAUCAGAUUAUGAGCAUGACAAAAAUGUGCAGGGGGAAUACAACUAUCCUGCCACUAUUACCCCAUCCUACCAGUCACAGAAAAAACUGGAGCCGCUCAAAGAUAAAAACUACAGACAACAUAUCGACAAACUGAAAUACAGCCAGGUUACUGAUACUCCUGACAUUGUGCAAGCCAGAAUCAAUGCUCAUCAACUCAGCAAUUUGAACUACAAGGCAAACUAUGAGAAGACAAAGACGCAGUAUACAUUAUCCCAAGAUACACCGGAGAUUAAGAAGGCCAAAGCCAAUGCAGAGCUUGUUAGUGAUAUCAAAUACAAGGAGGACUGGGAGAAGAACAAAUCUAAAGCUUGCGAUAUUGGCCUGGACACACUGACGCUUAAAGCUGCCAAAGCCUCUGGAGAUCUGGCUAGCGAUAUCAAGUACAAGGAGACAUAUAUGAAGAACAAGGACAAAGCAAUUGGUAUGGAUGUCAGUGACACUAAAACCCUCCACUCGCUUCAGGUGGCCAAGCUGAGCAGUGAGACUGCAUAUAAAAAGGGAUCUAAGGAGACUCAGUCCCAGUUCCACCUGCCUUUGGAUAUGGUGAAUCUGAGCCAUGCUAAAAAAGCUCAAGCCUUGGCAAGUGACUUGGACUACAGGAAGAAACUACACGACUAUACUGUCCUGCCCGAUGACAUGAAAGUGCAGCAAGCUAAGAAGGCCUACCAACUACAGAGCGAUAACCAGUACCGAUCAGACCUAACCUGGAUGAAGGGAGUGGGUUGGGAGGUGGACGGCUGCCUGGAUGUGGAACAGGCCAAAAAAGCAGGAGAACUUGUCAGCGAGACAAAGUAUCGGCAGAAGGCGGAUAGCGUUAAAUUUACACAAGUUGCAGACACCCCCUCCAUCAAACAUGCCAAGAAGAGCCAGGAGCUACAGAGCGGGCUGGCAUACAAGGCGGGCACCGAGCAGAUAAUCCACCAAUACACCAUGAGCAAAGAUGAACCUCUCUUUAAACAAGCCAAAGCUAAUGCAGAACUUCUUAGUGGGAAGGCAUAUAAGAGUAGCUGGGAGGAACAGAGGGAGAGGGGCUUUGAACUGGGCAUGGACACGCUUUCCAUACUAUCAGCCAAAGCAACACGAGAUCUUGCCAGCGAUGUUAAGUACAAGCAAGAAUACGAGAUGACGAAGGGGAAGAUGAUCGGCGUGAACGCUGUGUCUGGUGAUUCUCAGUUAGCCCAUUCCACCCUGGCCACUAAACUCCACAGUGACCUCAAUUAUAGGAAACAGUACGAGGACAACAAGACCAAAAACAGUGUCUCACUUGAUAUGAUGAAUCUCACUCAUGCAAAGAAAGCCCAGGAACUGGCCACCGAUACCAAUUACAAAACCUUCCUACACAAGUACACCAACCUAUCCUCUGAUAUGAACCUGGAUUGGGCCAAGAAAGCUUACGGCUUACAGAGUGAUAAAAAGUAUCGCUCUGACUUGAACUGGAUGAAGGGAGUGGGAUGGGAGACCUCUGGAUCCCUUGAUGUACAGCAGGCCAGAAAGGCAACAGAUUUGGCCAGUGAGAAUAAAUACAGACAGCACGUAAGUGCUCUGAAGUUCACUAGCGUGGAGGACACACCAGAGAUGGUGCAAGCCAAAAUAUCCAGCAAACUGGUGCUUGAUAGGUUGUACAGAGAGAAGGGAGAAAGCGAAAUGCACAAGUACACCCUUACUGGAGACCUACCCGAGCAUGUGCAGGCGAAGAUCAAUGCUAUGAACCUCAGUGAUUCACAUUACAAAGGGUCCUGGACAAAGAUGAAAGAAGCUGGCUACAAGUUACGCUUAGAUGCUAUUCCAUUCCAAGCAGCCAAAUCUUCUACCGAUAUCCUUAGUGAUCAAAAGUACAAGGCACAGUUUGAGAAAACUAAAGGAAAGAUGAUCGGCCUAAAAGGACUGGAGGAUGACAUAAACAUUGCUCAUUCUGUGCAUGCCACACAGAUACACAGCAAUAUCAAAUACAAAAAGGAUUCUUCUAAGGGGCAUUCUCAGUUCCAUCUGCCCAUGGACAUGCUGGACGUGCUGCAUGCCAAGAAGGCUCAGUCUCUGGUCAGCGAUCAGGACUACAGACUGAGAUUGCACAAAUACACAACAGUGGCCGGUGACCUCAAAGUACAAGCUGCCAAGAGAGCAUAUGAUCUGCAAAGUGAGAAAAUCUACCGCUCUGAUCUAAACUACUUACGUGGUGCAGCCUGGAUUGCCACGGGUGCUUUACAGAUCGAGGGAUCCAAACGGGCCACAGAUCUACUCAGUGAGAAAAAGUAUCGCCAGCAACCGUACUCUUUCAAACACACAUCCGUAACAGAUUCUCCAGAUAUGGUACAUGCUAAGACCAGUGGCAAGGUCACUAAUGAGCGCUUGUACAAAGAAAAGGGGGAGAACUUGAGGCACAACUACACCAUUACAGCAGAGAGACCCGAAAUCACCCAGGCCAAGAUUAACGCUGCUAACUUCAGUGAUGUUAAGUACAAGGAGUCCUGGCACGUACUCAGAGCUCAGGGUUAUAAACUCACCAUGAAGGAUAUCCCCUUCCAGGCUGCCAAAGCAUCCACCAGCAUGGCUAGUGAUUACCAGUACAAGCACAACCAUCUGCUGGAGAAAGGUAAGCACAUCGGCGCUCGCAGCGUUCUGGAGGAUCCACAUCUGAUGCACUGCUUGGAGAUGGGCCGUCUGCAGAGUGACCAGAAUUACCGUAAAAACGCCAUGUCCACCAGCGGCCAGUAUCAGCUGCCAAUAGACAUGGUGAACCUGAUCCAUGCCAAGAAGGCCCAGGCCUUAGCCAGUGACCAGGAUUACAAGACUCACAUGCAUUCUUACACCAUCUUACCUGAUGACAUGAAGGUCCAGUGGGCCAGAAAGGCAUACGACCUACAGAGCCAGAAUGUGUACAAAUCAGAUCUGAACUUUAUGAAAGGGGUGGCUUGGGACACAGUGGGUGCAGCUCAGCUAGACUACGUCAAGAAAGCCGGAGAUCUUAUUAGUGAUAAAAAGUACCGUCAACAUCCUGACAGUCUGAAGUUCACCCAGGUGGCAGAUUCACCGGAUAUCCUCCAUGCAAAGAACAGCUACAUGCAGUGUAGUGAGAGGUUGUAUAAGUCUGGAGACUCUGAGUCCAUGCACAGAUGCUCUUUACCCCCUGAUCAUCCAGACUUCAUCAGAGCGAAGAUCAACGCUCAGCAGAUUAGUGAUAAAGUUUAUAAAAUGUCAGGUGAGCAGGUUAAAUCGGCUGGUUAUGACCUCAGGUUAGACGCCAUUCCCUUCCAGACAGCCAAGGCCUCUAGAGAAAUUGCUAGUGAUUUCCGCUAUAAGGAGGCAUUUGCAAAGGAUAAGGGCCAUCAGGUGGGUCUCCUUAGCGUUGAGGAUGACCCCAAGAUGAGACACUCGCUGGCUGUUGGGAAGCUUCAGAGCAACAACCAGUACAAAAAGCAGUCUCAGGAGACACGCUCUCAGUUUAAGAGCCAUGCUGACCAACCUUCAUUUCUUCAUGCUAAGAAGAGCCAGGCUCAGAUCAGCAACCACAGCUAUCGCCAGCAUCUCCAUGACUACACCUGCGAUCCUGAUCAACUCAAUGUCAAACACGCUAAACAGGCCUACAAACUUCAGAGUGAUGUGAACUACAAAUCAGAUCUGAACUGGAUUAAAGGUGCAGGCUGGACCCCUCCAGGCUCACAUAAAGUAGAAAUGGCCCGGCGUGCUGCAGAACUGGGCCUUGCUGAAGGUGUGACCACUGACGAGGCUAUCGCCCAGUACCAACAACUAAUGAUGCUCCAGAGACAACAGCAGUUCCAGGACCAGCAGCUGCAGUCCACCACAGAGCAGACAGAAACCACACAGGAGUUCCAGCAGCCUGAAGUCAAUCCCGAUGCCAUGGAGAUCCUCAACGUCAAGAGGAAGAAAACCAUUCACACCACAUUCAAACAGGCCAAGACCACAAAAUCCAUCACGUCACAGUCUGUUGCAUCUCACUCAACCGCAAGUCAGUCUAUCUCUAACCAGUCCACCAAAAAACAGUCAAUUACCAAUCAAUCCAACACGAGGGCGAUCAGUCAAAACCAGUCUGCUAUCACAGACCAGGCUGCUGCAAAGUCAGGAACAAUGUAAUCUACCAUUCGUCUCUUCUAUAUUUUAGUUUUUUACAUUUAAUUUAUGAACAUCAUGUAGAUCCUGGUGUUCUUUGUGUUUUUGAUUGAUCUACUGUAGAAAUGAGGGCUUUACAUAAAAACUGUAAGUGGCACGUGAAUGUGAAGAUGGUUAGAGUAGGUGUAGACGGAAAGAUAAGCAAUAAAAACCAAGCAAGCUUAAAGGAAAAAGGUUCACUUUAAAAUGAAAAUUCUGUCAUAAUUUACUCAUCCUCAUGUUGUUCUAAACCUGUAUGAAUUUCUUUUUUCUGAUGAACACAAAAGAACAUAUUUUGAGAAAUGAUGGUAAACACACAGCAGUAAGUGACCAUUGACUUCCAUAGUAGGGAAAAAAAAUAUUUUGGAAGUAUUGUGAUAAAUGAUGAAGAAAAUAUUUUGAUAAAUGAUGGUAAGCACACAGUUAACGGUACCCAUUAAAUCCCAUCAUAUUUUUUAUUCCUACUACUAUGGAAGUCAAUGGUCACUAUCUGCUGUGUUUCCCAGGUGAAAAAAAAGUAUUUAAUGUAUUAAAAAUAUACUUAAAAUUUAAGUAAUAUGUUUUAAUACAUUUGUAUUCCCAACGUGCUUAUUUAAAGUGUAUUAAAAAAAAUGUUAAAUAGCUUUUAAAUGUAUUUCAAAAAAGUGUACUAGAAGUACGUUGGUAAUAAAUAUAUGCUUAAUUACACUUUUUAAAAGUAUGCUAAACUCAAGAAUACUUUUAAUGUAUUUCUAAAAAGGUGCACUAGAGGUACGCUGGUAAUAAAUAUAUCUUUAAUUACACUUUUUAAAAGUAUGCUUAACUCAAGCAUUAUUUAAAGAGAUUUUUUUAAAUACAGACAUAGUAUGUUAAAAUGACAUUUUAGUUCAACUUCAUGGUGUCUCAAAAAAGCACAGUUGAGAACACUAAGAUGGUCUUAAGUUCAUCUUAAAAAGUACUUAAUACUGCUUUUUAGUAUACUAAGUUCAAAAUUAGUGUGCGAAAAUAGAGCACUUUUAGUAUAAUGUGGAAAGUGUACUUAAAUAGUAUAUUUUAGUGCGCUUUUUUCACCUGGGAAUACAUUUGGAAUAUUAUUUUAACAUACCAUUAGUAUACUUUAAAGUAUAUUUAAAAAUGCUUAAGGGUGGGUUCAAGUGUAUUUUAAGUUAUAAUUAAAUAUAUAUUUUUUAAAUACAGACAUAGUAUGUUAAAAAUACAUUUUAGUUCAACUUCAUGGUCUCUCAAAAUAGCACAGUUGAGUACACUAAGAUGGUAUUAAGUUCAUCUUAAGAAGUACUAAGUUCUACUUUUUAGUAUACUAAGUUCAAAAUUAGUGUGCGAAAAUAGAGCACUUUUAGUAUAUUGUGGAAAAGUGUACUAAGUGUACUUAAAUAAAGUGUAUUUUAGUGCGCUUUUUUUCACCUGGGUUACCAUCAUUUCUCAAAAUGUUCUUUUGUGUUCAUCAGAAAAAAGAAAUUUAUACAGGUUUAAAACAACAUGAGGAUGAGUAAAUGAUGACAGAAUUUUCAUUUUAAAGUGAACUAUCCCUUUAAUUGUGGUUAAAUGAAGAUGAUAAUGGUUAUGUGGAGAUAUUAAAAUGACCAGAGAAAGUCUGGAUAAUUUGAUAAAAAGGCAUGAGUAUGUUUUCGAAGAAGUACCCUCACGAGUUCCUACUUUUCUAUUUAAUAGAAACAUAACUGUAGCACCUGGCUGGUCAGAUCGCAUUUCAUGACAAGUACAAUUAUUGCUCUAGUUGAUUUUAAGGCUGUCUCUGGUGGGCUGGAAUACAGGAGUUAUAUUUGAGAUACUGGAUAUACUCUAAUGUCUGACAAGCUGAGCUUUAUGAGAAAGAUUAUAACUGCAACUCUGCUAGCAGAGUUAAAUGGUUGAACUGUAAGUAAAUGUGUGAACUUUGACAUGAUGGAAAAAUAAAGUUUUUUGUUUUGAAAUUC